AUGGCCAAAGAAGAAAUGAAUAAAGACCUGCCAGCAGAAAUUCAUGAGUAUUUAUCAGCAUUUCAGAAUUCCAUUGGUCCUGUGGAUGACAUGCUGGCAACCAUGAUGUCUAUUUCUGGAAAUGAGCUGUUGCAGAAGUUGGAUCCACUUGAACAAGCAAAAGAAGAUUUAGUUUCUGCUUCCACGCUAAAUUCAAUGUUUUGGGUUUGUUUGGCACCUCCUGGGGUUAAUCCCAAGGAACAUCCGGUAAAGCAGGAAUUGGAAAGAAUAAGAGUAUACAUGAAUAGAGUCAAGGAAAUAACAGACAAGGGGAAGGCUGCCAAGCUGGACAGAUGUGCAGCUUCCAGAUUUAUAAAAAAUGCCUGCUGGGUACCAAAACCUAAAAAUGAAUCCAAAGUUGCCAGUAAAGGAAAAAGUAAAAAAUAACCUUUUGGUUUUGAUGUACACAUGUUCAAAAAGUACAUCAU